CGGACAACUAUUCUACUCAAGCGGGGGAGCUUGCUCAUCGCGUCGUCAAGCGACUGUACGGCGUGACCAACAAAAAGCAAGCGACCGGGCAGAUAGGUCGCGCGUAUCGGCGCAUGGUACGCGCCCGUCGAGCCCAAGCGGUCCAUGAUAGCUUCAAGGCUCAUACGAAGCGUCGCGCCCAUCAAGCCGCCUUCAAAGACAACGGCCUGUAUGAGCAUCAUCAUAUUACGAAGUCCAGAAAUGUUUGGCACACACUCUCUACUUUCCCCUCUUCUCACCAGGGAGAUCCAGCUAUUGAGGGAUUCGUCCCGAAGCUGCAGGAUCACCUGCUGACCCGUCUCCUUCAUCGCAAAUUCGACGGGGAUGAGCCCGAUGUAUACACGAGCGAAGAAAGAAAUCAAGUACGCUUACAGGGCCGCAAGUUCUACGAGGGCCGCACCUGCCGAAUCAACUAUACGACGUAUGACUGCCGACGCGAUCAGGACACAAUCCACGUAGGAAAGAAUGCGGAUAUCAUGAUGCUGUCGCCCGAGACCGAAGAGGGUGCCCAUCCGUACUGGUACGCCCGCGUCCUUGGUAUCUACCACGCGGACGUAUCAACUUCUCACCCGCUCGCACCGGCGAGUAGCAAGGUUUUUCAGCCAAUGCAAUUUCUUUUCGUUCGCUGGUACGGGUUUGAGCCGCGGUAUCGCUGCGGUAGCCGCCUCUGCAAACUUCCAAAAAUCGGCUUCGUCGAAGAGAGCCAAGGCUCAUACGCCUUCGGCUUCCUGGACCCGGCACUUGUCGUACGCUGCUGCCACCUCAUCCCCAGCUUUGUUGAUCUACGGACCGAUACGCUACUCCAUACGAAGCAACCGUCUAUGGCAAGGGCAACGGGCGAGACGGACGACUGGCUGAACUACUAUGUUAAUGUCUUCGCUGACCGUGACAUGUUGAUGCGCUUCUUCGCGGGCGGUGGUGUUGGACACGCUGAGCGGCGCUUGACCUCAGUGGAAGUAGCGAAGAUGGGAGAGCAGGAGGAAGAGGUGGAGGGUCCCUUGGACGAUGAAGACGACGAAGCUAGCGCAUCUACGCACGCGAUGAGCGAUGUCGAACAAAGUGACGUCGAUAUGGCCAACCCAGACGCUGCUGAGGUCGACGACAAUGAUUCAGCGAGCGACUCCGACAUGGAAUGGGAGAAUUCGGAGGACUCGGAUGAAGAUGCGAGUGGGUCUGACGAAGAACCGGAGGCUGCAGCAGAGGAAGAGUUGGAGGGGACCGACGGCUUCGAAGAUAGUGGUUACGCUUCGUAUUGAUUUUUGGUACAUCCGGGUGUCGCUUCCACGUAUCCACAGACGCGCUAUUUACUAAUACCCACCUC